AUGUACGCCACUCAGAUAUUGAAGUCUCUGGUGGUUUUGGCGGGAGCCACAAUUGCUGCCCCGACCAUUCCUCGAUCCUACAACAUUCCCGCAGGCGACGGUUUCCCCAGCCCAAGCCCGGAACAACUGGUUACCAUCCAGCAAAAGGCAGGCGGCCAGCUCUCUAACGCCCUUCCACCGCCAAAGCUUGCCAGCAGCAGUUUGACUGCCUUCCAACUCAUCGCCUUCAAUGAGAAUUUCGAAGUGGCCUUCUUCUCCUCGCUCAGGGACAACAUCACCAGCAACGCCCCGGGAUUUCAGUUGGAUGAUCAAAAGAAGAGAGACGACCUACUCUCAAUCUUGGAAGCCGUUAUAGCUCAAGAAGAGCUCCACGCAAUAAACGCCAACAACGUCCUGACCAAGUUCGGAGCCCUCGCCCCUCCUCCGUGCACGUACAAAUUCCCCACCGCCGACAUCAACUCCGCCAUCACCCUCGCCGAAACCUUCACCUCCUUCGUGCUCGGCACGCUGCAGGAUGCCUCGCAGCUCCUGGCCGCCAACGGAGACGCAGGCCCGGUCCGCGGCGUGGCCUCCGUGAUCGGGCAGGAGGGCGAGCAGAACGGCUGGUACAGGACCUUCCUGGGCCUCAAGCCGAGCGAGAAGCCCUUCCUCACCACGUCGGUCGCGGCCUUCGCCUUCAGCGCGCUGCAGGGCUUUGUGGACAGCUGCCCCUUCGACGUCACACAGAUCCACAUCCCUAUAUUCCCGCCCUUGAGUGUGGUCACUGGCUCAGGUGGCCUGGAUGUCGAGGCAAAGGACCAGGCACUUGCAUUCGAGGCGGAUCUGAGCAGCGUUGAGGGUGCCGAGAAGUAUGUCGGUGGAAACGGUGAUGGGCUGUUUAUCACAUACCUGACGGGGCAGAACCUGCCUGUCAGUCAGCCAGUGACGAAGGUCUCCUGGGAUGGCAAGAAGAUCAAGUUUGAGGCAUCGUUCCCAUUCUCGGCGAAUGUCAUGGAGGGCCUGUCCGUCGCAGCUUUGACGACAAAGGCAGACUUCGCGACGCCUGGUGAUGUUGUCACGGCCACUUUGGCUGCACCUGGCUUGAUCCAGGUGAACGAUAGGCUGUAA